UAGUACUGUCAUCAUGCACAACUAACACAUCCUGAGCAUACAGAGCACCUCAUAGAACAGGAGUGGACCCAUUCAGACCCACUGAAGGGUUGUUGUUAUUCAGAUUCAGACAGACAUGUUACCAAAGACACGUCUGGGGAAGCGGUCUCCGCUCGGAGCUUUGGUGAGCUCCACCUGCCUUCAAGCGGGUACACAAACAGGCCAGGAGACGGGUGAGACCGGCGUCACCAUGGCAACAGCGCCAGGACAACAGGCGACCAGUAGACUCAAAGGUCAUCCUAUGCUAAAGGUGUAUUUUCAGUGUGGGGGAAGUGAGUCUUCAGGUGUGGUGGAUCAGCUGGACGUCAUGCAGACCAAUGUUUCGGUCUGGUCUUCAUCUCAUCCCUCCUCCUCCUUGGUUCCUCCGUCCUGCAUCAGAUCUGUCUCAUCCUGCAUCGAAGUCCCAAGAAGCCAGAGGAGUCCAGAGGAGGUGGACAUGGACGAGCUGAUGGCAGCGAUGGUUCUCAGCAGUUUGUCCUGCAGCCCUUUGCUGCACAGCCCCGCCCACCUGGACCCAACAGCUCCUCAGAGGGACAGUGGCGGCGGCGAGCUCUCUGACAGCGGCAGCAGCGGCUACUGGAGCGUCGGCCUCUGCAACGGAAGCCCCGCCCACUCUCCAUCAAUCGCAGAGCCCGAUCUGAGCCCAGCCUCGCCAUCCGAUGAAGGUCUGGACAUGGAGUUGGAGCAGGUGCUGUUCGACGAGCCGGUGCCACGGAGACGGCGGAACUCAGUCAAGGCGGCCUACAGGUGUUUGUGGCCGAGCUGUGGGAAGGUGCUGACAUCAGUGGUGGGAAUAAAACGUCACAUCCGGACCACUCACCUGUGGUAA